AUGACCUUGUUGCCCACCACUGCAAUGCCCACAUUCACAUCCAAGCCGUGGCUCCUCUACGCCUACCCUUGGCAGCCCUACCCCCGCCGCCUGGUAAUCUACCUCCGAGAGCGAAACAUCCCCUCGUCCCUCGUGACCGUCGUCAACGUCUCGGACGUCCAGUUCGGCGCCAAGGUCCCCGCGGGCUUUCCCCCAAAACCACCAGGGAGUCUUCCGAUCCUCGCGAUUCCGAAGGAGAAGGAGCCCAAGCCUCCCACACAAGGAGCCGCAGCGGAAUUCCUCUUCAUCAAGCAGUCAAUCGCCAUCAUGGAGUUCCUCGAGGAAGCGUGCAAUGCGGGACGUUAUGGAUUCCCGAAGCUUGAUGCGCCGUUGGCGUUGCCUCUCAACGAGCCCCUGCCAUCUGCAGGGACUACAGGGGGUAUUGCGGGUGAUACCGAAGCCGACGCCGCUUCACGAGCCCUCCUCGCAGCCCGACACAGCGAGCUCCUAAGCCUAGCGAACGGGCUAACGGAGACCUGGAACCCCGUGCGCACCUUCGGCUCCGGCACGGGGACGAUGCGGAUCCCGACAGCCGCAAAAGAGAUGCUGGGCUGGACGCGCCGUGGUCUCCUGGCUGUUGAGAACUGGUUUGAGGAGAAUAGGUAUGAUGGUGGUCUUAGAUACGACGAUGACGGAAACCCUGGGAAACGGCAGAGGCAAGCUACCAUUGCAGAGAUUGUUCUGUUCCAGUUCCUUGAGUUCACGGACUAUUGCUACGGGGUUGAUAUGACGCGGUCUUCGGGGAAGACGGUUGUUGAUGUUUAUGGGCGGGAGGUGGUGGAGGAUUUUCCGCGUCUGAGGAGGUUUUAUGAGGAGUUUGCUACCAGGCCGAGUGUUAGACGGUGUGCGGAGGUUGGGGAUGUGCCGCAUGAGCGCUGGGUUGGGAUGAUGAGGGAUUGGUCGGAGGGGAUCUUUGAGGGGAAGUAG